AUGUGUAAAAGGGGAUCACUUUUUAAUGACUCAAAUAUUGAUUAAAAGUAGGAGAAAUAAAAAAAGCGAGAAGAGAAAGGAGACAAUCGGAUGACUAUUUUGUAUUUAUUAAAUAAAUUAUUAAGGUAGUUUUUAAUUAAAAUUUAACAUCAAUCUUGGAAGAAAUCAAUUGGCCUAGAUGAUAGAGAGAUUUACACAAGUAAAGAUGCAACAUGAUAAAGCUGAAAAAUUUAGUCAUUAUUAAAAUCCUCAUAAGAUUUUGAAUUUAAGAAUUAACAGGGUAAGAAACAAAUAGGAAGGUUUUUCUGAAAAUUCUUGGUUCUUAGUAAAAAAUUUGUGUUAUUGGAAGGAGUAUAUUAGAAGAAUACUCACUAGCAGGUUUAUGUUUAAUUUAUAUAAUUAAAGAAUAAGAGAACGAUUGAAGAAACACAUAAUUUAUAUGUUAAUGAUAAUUAAAUUGAUUAACUAGAGAGUUUUUUAUUUAGUUGGAAAAAUCAAAAAGGAAGAUUAAAAUGGUUAUACAAACAAAGUCAUAUGUAUAAAUGAGUUAAAAAAAUGUUGA